AUGGUCGCUAAAGAGAAUCUGGAUCACAUUGCGUCGACGGUUGAUAGCUCAACGCUGGCUGCGAGAAUGAUAUCGAUGCUGGGUGACGGGAGUAACAUGAAGGUCAAAGCUGCGAUGUGCCACUACUUGCGCGAGUUGCUGCCUAGAGCAGAAGGAUACAUGAAGAACGGUAUCAACAAUAGUCACAUGAGCUUGUGGCGACCUAGUCUCAGUGGUUGCGCAGCUUUACGCGCGAGAGUGGAUGUGGCGUUAGGAUUGCUUCCCCCGUCAAAGCGUUCGGUCGUCGCCAAAGUGCUCAAGUCCAAAAAGAUUGUUCUAACCUGCAACUAUCCUGAAAAUCAUUCAGCUUCCUCAACAGCUCCGCACAAGACCCGACCACCGAAUGGGGAUAAUAACAACAACCGUGUCGUGGAAAAGAUCGCACGCAAACCAGAGAGGAGCCGCAAGCGACCAGAGUCACCAAGCGUGGACUCUUCGGGCUCUGCUCAGCAGAACGACCAAAAACGGAUGAACAUGACAUCUCAAUCGAUUUCUGAAGAUCUGAUGAACAAUCGCAUUGCGGGUCAAAGUAACGAAGACGUUGUUACAGCUGUAGCAUCGCCAAGGUCUGUAGUAUCGUCCAGUGUGUUGUUUCCGUGCGGUGGAGUUGCGCUGGACAAGCACGGGACCCAACUCGAAGACAUCCUUUAUACGUUCGAGGAAAACAACAUGUCGGAGGCUGAGGUGAUGCGUGCGCUCUACAGAACGAGGCAUGUGAUCGAGACGACAUCAUGCGGGACUUGGGACCGCUGUUUUGGUCGACUGCUUUUACUGCUUCUCGACGCUGCUACCGAUAAGAACACGAGAGCGCUAGAGGUGCUGCAGAAACUCGUCGCCGCGCAGCCUUCGCGGGCGCAAAUGUUUUCAGAGCUGCUUUUUCAGCGCUUGAUCGAUGCAACGGUCGAUCAAACCGGCGUGGCUUGCCAUCUGAUCAAGCGCAUUCUAGACGACCUGGUGCGCUCAGCUAGCGACCAGCAGCAGAUACUAGCACUGCUGAUGCCGCUAGUCUCGAGCAGCAAACCGCCCGUGCUGCCAAUGGUGCUACGUCUUACCAAACUGUGCUUUCAGCAUUGCGAGCAGAGCUCGCGUGAGAAGGAUGUGACGUUCUUGCGCAAUGACGACGUGGUCGAUCGUCUCACAAAGUGCAUUGGUCACUCGAACUCGAGUGUCCGCAAGUGCGCCGUGGACUGCCUCGUGGCACUGCACUUUGCAGUCAUGGAAGACAGUCGAUUCGUGCCGACGUAUCUUGCUGCCAACGUCGAUGCGACGCAGCAACGACUUGUCGAGAUCUUCAUUGACCGUGCCAAGAUGACGCGCCAUCCAUCGUGUUGA